UCCGUGGGCUAUAACCGGACCGGAAAUGGUGUGGAGUUGGAGGUAAACGCUGCCGGGAGAUGCUGCCGUCGUAAAGGAAAACAAGCAGAUGACAAAAAAGGAAUAACUUCACCGAAACGGCCGCGACAGUUACAGCUUGAAUGAGUAUGGAUGUUGAUGACUGCAAUGGCCGAUCUUGCAUAUCAGCGAGUGGAGACUCAUCAAUGGAGCGGGAAUUUUCUGGGGCCCUAGGAGGUCCAACAGUGAGCACCCCCAACAGCCAGCAGACAUCUCCUAGUCGCUCCCUCAGUGCCAACUCCAUUAAGGUGGAGCUGUACAGUGAUGAAGAACCAGGUCGGGGUACCGAGGAUGAAAGAGGGGAGCGAGUAGAGGAGGGGGGUGCAGAGCAGGGAAGUGAGGCUGUGGGAGGCUACAGGGAACUUACCAGCCCUGAGGCCAUGCCAACAGGAGCCACCAGGCUGCCAAAUGGGAAGCUCAAGUGUGACAUCUGCGGCAUGAUCUGCAUUGGGCCUAAUGUUCUUAUGGUGCACAAACGCAGCCACACAGGUGAGCGGCCAUUCCAGUGUAAUCAGUGUGGUGCCUCCUUCACUCAAAAGGGUAACCUGCUUCGCCACAUUAAGCUGCACUCAGGGGAGAAGCCCUUUAAAUGUCCCUUCUGCAGCUAUGCCUGUCGAAGACGAGAUGCUCUAACUGGCCACCUUCGCACUCAUUCAGUGUCCUCUCCAACUGUAGGAAAGCCCUAUAAGUGUAGUUACUGUGGCCGUAGUUACAAGCAGCAGAGCACACUGGAGGAGCACCGUGAGCGCUGCCACAGCUACUUACAGAGUCUGGAGGCACAGCAGCCAGCCAGUGCUCAAAAUGCAGGAGAGGAGAUGAGAGAGCUAGAGUUCAUACCAGACUCUAUAUUGCAGCCUUCCUCAGACAAGAUGGCAUUCAUUGAUCGGCUCGCCAACAGCAUCACCAAACGCAAGAGAUCCACACCACAAAAAUUUGUAGGACAGAAGCACAUACGCCUCAGCCUGGCAGAUGCACCUUAUGAGCUCAGUGCUGGUUUAGACAAAGAUGGGGAGAUGCACCCUGGAGACCUUGAAUCACCACACUUUGCCGGUCUGGGAGGAGACUACGUGGGAGCACCAGGCGGCGGAGCAGGAGGGGGAUCAGAAACAAUGCGACCACUGCGCCUCCCUACUGCACACCCUUCAUGUCUAUCAGAGCUCAGGCCGGUCAUCAGCUCUGCCCACGCCCCUGUAGCUCCUCUGGGCCCAAGGCUGGACUGUACAGGGGCCGGAGCGGGGCUGGGGGCCGCCGGUGUUGGAGGAAGGGAGGCAGCGGAGGGUCAUGAGGAUCUGCCUGCUGGCCGAAGUCAUGUGCCCUCACCUAGCAAUGGUUGCCAGGACUCUACGGACACAGAGAGCAUGCCAGAUGAGCUGUGCAACAGUACAGCUCCAUCUCUGCCCCUCCAUAGUAACAAUAACAACCACCACCCCCUCCACUCCAACAACCACAACCCACCACCUCCUCCCCUUCUGCACCACAGGAGCAGGGAAAGACACAGCCCCAGCCAUGCCAAAGACAGGGAUGGGGAAAGGGAGGAGGGAGGCCACUCUGCUCCCCCACCGCCUGCCCUCGCUCCAACCCCUGGCUCUCCUACAGCACCCUCCUCCACCUCUAGGGAGGCUUUUCGCGUUGUAGACGGAGAAGGUCGAGCUGUGCGCUCGUUUCGAUGUGAGCAUUGCCGUGUGCUUUUCCUGGACCAUGUCAUGUUCACCAUCCACAUGGGUUGCCACGGCUUUCGCCAGCCUUUCGAGUGCAACAUUUGCGGGCACCGCAGCCAGGACCGCUAUGAAUUUUCUUCACACAUCGUCCGCGGAGAGCACAUCCUUGACUGAGGAUAAGAAGGGGUUGGACUACUUGCUUCACCUAGAGCUAUUCUUACACUGAGACAAGGACCUGGAUGAGUUUGGUCUGCACAGUAUAAUCAUAGGGGAUUAAAGGUGAAGUGAAACAAUGAAACUGAUUGUAUAACAAUAUUUCAAACAGGCACUGGUACAAUUAGUACGUAUGAUAUGACUCCUGAUAUGCAUGAUAGAAAGACUCAUAUGUAUCAUUCUAAAAUUAAAUGGGAGGUUCUCAUUCUCAACGCACUUUGAACAAUGGGUCAGUUUUAAAAAGCACUUUCAAAUUAAUUGUAUUCUAAAGCAGAUGAAGAGUCAGUGUACUUUUUCAUCUUAGAAGUGCCUUUCAUUCUUAAUCCAGGAUUCAAACCUGGUGCACAAAAUAAUACUAUACAAAUGUGAUUUAUGUCCGUGACUGACAAGUUUCCCUCUUCUGCACUUUAACUGAGAUAACAUGAAAAAACUUUACUCAAAAUGUGGCUUGUCUGCACUUUGAUAGGUUUAUAAUGAAUUGAAUCAGUAGGGUCAUUUUAAUGACUUGUUUGAAAAGCACUUUUUUUCAAAUUCAUUCCCUAAUACACCUUAAGUUCUGCAAAGUUUUGAGAGCUUGGGGUAGAUUGUGUACGGUAGAUGGUUUUGUAAAGCUAGGUAUAGUGCAGACCAAACUCAGACAGCCAGGUCUAAGUCAAAUAGAUGUAUUUGAGGGGGGCUCCUCAAAUUAGGAAUGCACUUUUCAUUUGUGUUGGGGGUGAGGUUGACAGAUUUGAGUGUAUGUGUGUGUGUGUGUGUGUGUGUGUGUGUGUGUGUGUGAGUGAGUGAUAAAGAUCCCUUGUUUUCUUGGAAGUAAUGGUAAGGUGAAAAAUGAAGGCCUUUUUUCUGUGUGAAUGUGGUGUGGGAUGGUGUAUUAAAGUAUUUGUUUUCCUUUUCUAUAAUGGCUUUUGUUGCACUGAUACCUGCCAGAAUACAAUGAUUAUAUUAAACUAUUUUAUAGAACACAUUUAUGACCUGCACAUUUCUCUGAAAAUGUGAGAAAGAGUUGGCAUGUUUUUCUCACUAAGCAAGGAGUAUCACUGCCACUAUUUUAGACAUUACUGAAGAGGUUAGGGUGUUUGAGAUUUCUGAAUAUUGUCAAGAUCUCCCCUUACAUAACUAUAUGAAACAGCAAACCAAAACUAUUCUAUUUAUGCUAUAUUUAAAAAUGAUUUUGAUGUAUUUCAUUGUAUCGUGCCUUUAUUCACCCUGACCUCGUUCACUUAUCAAAAGGACAUGAACUACCAAUGGUCAUGUCUCCUGACAGCAUAAUUUUAUGGGUGACUUAAUCAUGUUGGAAAUUGUGAGUAAAAAAUAGAGACAAACACUCAAGUUAUAUUCCAGAUAAUCCUAUAAAUUCCCUGCUUAGGGUUUUGCACAAUUGCUAUUUUCUCUAGGCCUGUUCAGUAAACCCUGGGGUAAAUUUGAAUGAAUUUGUUGGGAAAUAUGCACUUUGCUCAUUUAUCAAAGACUAUAGGUGCAUGGGAUUUGACACCUGCUGCUAUGGCAUGAAUGAGUGCAGUGUUGCGUUGCAAUUGACCACAGUCUUCACAAGUUGAAUGAAAAUUCUGAUUUUCCUUUUGAAGUUUCUUAUCUCACAACAUAUUUCACUUCAAUGAAGUCACCAGUCUGUCUUCAGAAAUCAGUAAUACUUAAAUUGUGAUGUACCACAAAUGGAUGCAUCUUGGUGACAUUGUGCAGAAACAUUUUAAAAUUAUGUCAGGAGAGAGAUGAAGAUGAAUCAGAGUAAAGACUGCCAGUGUUUGAUUCUGGCUGCUCAGUUUGUUUACAGCUUAAAAUGAUAGAUACAUUGAAGUUACUGUAGUCACCCUUAGUCAUUAUUGUAAGCACACUAAGAAGGACAUGUUUGUGAACCACGAGCUCCGCUAGAUGCUUAAUACUUUUGAUGAUGCUCCGUCUAGCCCAGAAUGCAGCUUGUAUGACAAUGAAUUUCAAAUUUAGUUUCAACUGGAGGUACAGUGUGAAAUUAAUAGAUCCUGAUUAAACUAAUAUUAGAGUUGGAUUUAGUCAAUAUUCAUGUUUUUGAAUAGAUAAAAGGAAAAACAUGAAUAUCCAAAACCAUAAAUAUUGAUUUUAGUCUGGAUUAUAGCAUUGCACUGAUUAGUACAAAAAACAAAAAACAAAAAAACAAAACUGAAGUCUGAGUUUUCUAUCCAGCUGCCACAGAGCUUUGUGUUGGGGGAAAAAAGAGCAAUUUUUUCUCCUUACUACCUUUUUACCAUAAAGAACGAAAAAGUAAGAGCCUAAGUAAUUCAUGCCAGGUUGUGAUACUCCAGGAAAAACAUGAUUAUCUCAAGUUGCGCUGAUAAAUCAAACUUUAAAUUUCAUUUACACCAGCCCCUACUUUAAAUUGUCACACUGAUGCAUAGGAUAAUGGGAUCCUGGAAAUAUUAGUAGAUGUUCCCUGUACAAACAGCAAAUCAAAAGCUGACCUCAGUCCCAUUCAUAUUGACUGAAAGAACAAAAAGAGCUAUUUUCACACAACCCUCCCAUUUUGUUUAUUAAACUUAAUAUAUUGUCGUUUGUUUAGAAACCCUGAAACAUUACUUCAUUUUGUGUAGAUUCUUUGAUCUACAGUCCAAAUUAUUCUUUUGAGACUGAGCUAAAUGAAAUCCAUUGAACUAUUUGACACCUUUAAUGGUUCUUCUCUGUUUGUCACUAAUAUUCUCAGUGGCUUCUAUAGUUCUGAAUGAACUGGUUUAUAAAUUGGAAUCCCAUAUUUUUCAUGGUAAUGAUCUAAAUGUGCUUAAAGUCUCCAAUAUACUGUCUCAGUAUUACCUAAAUGCUUUUAUACUAAGGAAUUAAAAAAAAAAAAAAAAAAAAAAGUUUGUUCUGAGACUAGAUAGCACCAAAUGUGGUUCCCUAUGACUGAGCCAAAGAACCUCUACUUGGUACUGUUAAGCACUUUUCCUUUUAUAAAAAAUGAAAAACUUAAAUUUUACAUGUAAGAGGGCUCAGAUAAAAGGUUAAAUCUCUCAGCAGUUUUCACAACUCUUACAAUAGAAUCGUAUCAAUUGUAAAUGAGGUUUGAUUUCUGUAUGGAUCUCAAAACUGUUGAAGAAAUUCACACAAAACAGGCUGCCCCUUUCAAAAUAAAUGUGAUAAUGUUUACCUCAUAUUACCUCCUCGGUUCAAGAAUGAUGUUGAACUCACAAGUGACACUUGUGAACUUUGGCAAGCAUUUAUCUACCUUAAAGAUGUGAGAUGUUAUGCUAGAAAAAGUGACAUGGAGGCAGAAUGCACCAUGGAGACCUUGUCACCUCAAUAUUAAAAUAAACACCCAAACAAUAUAGGUUAAAACAAGUUGUUUCCCAAUAGGUUUUGUUUUAUUCACCAAUCUAAACAUUAUGCCUUAACAGCAAUGUCUGGACUGUUAGGUCAUGUUGAGAGAAAACUUGACAUUAUAAAAGAAGCACUCAACAUUUGGCACAAUUCAAAUGUAGUUUUUUUCUUGAUCUGCAGCUUAAUUUACAAAGUGAUUCAUGUAAAUUUUGUCCUAGGCACCAAAGUUGUGAUUGCAAAUCACUGAACUUGUCAUGGAAAUGUCAGUUUGCAUGGGUAAAAAAUGCUUUUGAUAAAUUGAGUAGUUUUUACAAACUACUUGGCUGUGUGCAUUCUCAUUUAGGCUGCAACUUUUGUUUAAAAAAAAAAAAAAAAAGGCCCAGGUGUGUUAUUUCUCCAGUUGGUGUGAUUUUUGUGCAGUAAAUUUUGCUUUGGUGCCUUUUGCCUGAGGUCCUCAACGGUUGUUCCACACAACAGCUGAAAGCAUCACCUUUCAGACAUAAAAGUUGUGUUGGCCAUUAUGUACCACAUUUAUUACAUAUUACAACAAAAGACCUAUUUAUUGUAGCCAUGUCUGAAAAUUCUCUAAACUAACCCAAGUCAUAGUGUAGACCUAAAAUGUGAAUUGAUCACACUGACCCUGGCCAGAACCAAAUUACCUUAAUUUUUAUACAAGAAACAGAUGGUUAGCCAUUGAUCAUUGGAAAAGAAAAAUAACUUUGGUAAUGCUAAAAGCCAAAGAAUGCUAUAAUUGUAACAUAAAAUGUGUUUGUUUCCCUGCGUGUCACCCUGUCAGCCUUUUUGUGACAAGAUGUUUUGAGAAGAUAGUAAAAAUUCUUGGAACCCCAAGACUUGAAAUCCAUCAAUUUUACAUCAAAUAAGGAAGAAAUUAACCAUCUACAAAGUUCAAGCUUCUCUCCCCUUCCCAAGUCGAGGGUUUGGGUUUAGAUUUUCUUUGAUGCGCUACACUGGACGAUCUGCUUCCAGACUUAUUUCAUGUGGUACCAAUGCUGUUUGCUACUCUCCUUUUACCCCAGCCUACUUUCCACUUAAGUCUUAAAGACAACCAAGUGAAAGCUAUUGUAUUUCUACUCAAUUGAUAACCAUGCUUCAGAAAAGAAAAUGUUACUCUAGUUUGUGGUAUUUUGUGUUUCAAUGUUUUCCUUUUGAAGUUUUCCUACUGCACUGUGUUUGUGUUCCCUUGAACUUUACUAUCUGCUUUGUUAACCUCCCCACUCUUGUAAAUGGUCUGAUACUGCUUUACGUAACUGCAGAGCCUUUUUAAAUGUACCAUAAUGUAAUUAUGCAUUUGUGUAAUCCGAUCUUCAACUACUGUAAGUUUUGUACUGUACUGAAAAGUCUAUUCCAAAAUAAAAUACUUGACAGAC